GGCGUAGUACGCUACGCGAGCAGCAAAACCACGGCCAGCCGCCAGACGGCCAGCAAAACCAAACCACGGCCAGCCAUCAUGCGCGAAACGCCCAAACAACCCGCGGAAUAGCGCCCCCGCAAAACCGCGAGCCACUCCUCGGGCGCGCAACAUAUAUAAUCCUGCUCCAGGAGCCUAACCCGUCCCCAUCAAAAAGUCGCACACUUUUUACCGCGACGGUGUUGAGUGUUGGAUCGAGCUGGUGCUCUGCUCGCAACAAAGGCAGAAGAGAUGGAGACCGAGGGCCGACGGAUACUGGUUGCCGUGGACGAGGGCGACGAGAGCGUCCACGCGCUGCGGUGGUGCCUCGCCAACUUCGCCGCGCCCGGAGACACCGUCGUCCUGCUCUACGUCCGCCCGCCGCCGCCCACGUACUCCCUGCUCGACGCCUCCGCUCCGCUAGGCUAUCUGUUCGCUGAGGAGGCGACCGCCGCGAUCGACGGCUACAGCCGGGAGGUGGCGGAAUCGGUGGUGCAGAAAGCGCGGAAGCUCUGCGCGUUAUACAGCCGGGAGUACGGCAGAGCGAACGGUGGGAUGAAAGUGGAAGUGAAGGUGUCGGUUGGGGACGCCAGGAGCGUCAUCUGCGAGAUGGUGGACGAGCUUGGAGCUGACGUGCUGGUGAUGGGAAGCCAUGGCUAUGGCCUCUUCAAGAGUCCUGUGUUCUCGAUGGUUUUGCAGAGCUCUUCUGGGGAGUGUCAGCGAUUACUGCGUCAGGAACGCGAACCGCCCCGUUCUCAUCGUGAAGUCAUGAAAGGGAUGGAACUGGUUUUUGAGUGAUCGGCGAUGAUGCACGUACUUCGGUACUUGCAAGUGAAUAUGUGAUGUUUGACAUUUCAUUCCAAGCUAUUUAUUCAGCUUUUCUUUUCUUUUUUUUUCUUUUCUUUACUUUGUGCUUAAUUAAUCCCCUUGUAACCUGCCAGAGGAGCCAGGGAACGUGUCGUGUCGAGUGAUGACUCUCGAGUUCUCUGGCGACGUAUGUUGUUGUUGUAUGUUGUCGGGCAUGGUGUUGCACAUGUUAUGUACAGUAGCAAUCUGUCGUGAGUAUUGUAUCUAUCAUGGAUUGUAAUCAGACUCUACUCACCAAAGAACAAGUCCACAAACUUCAGUUAAUUAGGAGUACCUUAUUCGCCCACACACAAUAUUUCAAGAGAUAUUAUACUA